AUGCCGCCGCUUCAGGCAAAUUCACAGCGCAUAAAGGCCAAGAGCGUCAAUUAUUAUUUGAAUGAUGCCAUUCGAGCAAGGCUGUGCGAAACCAGGGCAGAUUAUAAAAAUCCAGUUGGUAACAAAAGCGGAAGCGACAACGGAAUAGAUAUGAGCUUUCUUGAGGAAGAAGAUGGCGGUUGCCUUCCACAGUGCAGAACCAAGGCCGACGGCUCGGAGGGAGGAUUCACCAUUCCUAUUUUGGCAGACUGGGUCGCCAUCGUGGUUAAGGGUAUCUCUUCCUCCUCCGACAAUAAAAAUCUUGAGGCUAUACUGCUUCGAGAUGUUAUAAAAGCUACAGAAAAUGCAGACCUUUCUACUGAGAUGGAAAGCCAAGGAAAAAGCUACGUGCGACGAUUCGUAAUGAAGAACCUCCGAUGCGCAGGGUACGAUGCAUGUAUUUGCAGGUCGCGGUGUACGGAGGCGCCUUCUUUGAAGCACAAUAGCAACAAUCGUUUGGUGGCGGACAUCGAUUUCACGUCGCAAUUUGAGUUUGCUCGGCCCACGGCAGAGUACAGUGCGCUGCUACAAAUUCUGCCGAGUUGCUUUGUGGGAAGGGCAGAUAAACUCCGCGGCAUGAUCAAGAUCAUGUGUGAUGCAGCCAAAAUAUCGCUGAAAGCAGAAGGAUUGCACCUGCCGCCAUGGAGGAAAUAUCGUUACGUGGAAGCCAAAUGGCUGGGCCCCUCCACGCACCCCCUUCCUCCCAUGUGUUAGAUGACGAAGGGCGAAGGCUUGCAUUUUCUCAAACUGGGUAGAUGACGAGAAAGUUCAUCUUAUUAUAUUUUAUGAGAAUCGUAAAGCUGUUUCUGGAGACAAUCAUUUGACAGUCGAACGACUACAUUUUCUGCAAACUAAUCUUUAUAUACUUCACCAAUCGUCCAUCAGAACAAGUAAUCCAGGCGACGACCAAAAAUCUAAACUUCCUUGGCUUCUACAGUCAUCUAAAUUCGCGGCAUAGUUGUAAUUAAUAUGGGUGUAUCGCUGCUCUAUUUACUUUGGACGUCUUUUCGGAAAGUUGAAUCUCCAAUUCAAAGGCUAUGAAGAGCCGCCACCGACAGAACCCAACCAAAUUAAUUUUCUGUCAGAUAUUCUACUAAUCUCGUGUGAGUUAGGAAGAAA